AUGUCUGAGCCAGGAGACCUGAGUCAGACCAUAGUGGAGGAAGGCGGGCCUGAGCAGGAGACGGCCACUCCAGAGAAUGGCGUGGUUAAAUCCGAAAGUCUGGACGAGGAGGAGAAACUGGAAUUACAGAGGCAACUGGCGGCUCAGAACCAAGAGAGAAGAAAAUCCAAGUCAGGAGCAGGGAAAGGUAAACUGACUCGCAGCCUUGCUGUCUGUGAAGAAUCCUCGGCCAGACCAGGAGGGGAAAGUCUUCAGGACCAGGAAUCAAUUCAUUUACAGCUUUCCAGUUUUCCCAGCCUGCAAGAGGAUGAUAAAUCUAGGAAAGAUGACUCUGAAAGAGAAAAAGAAAAGGAUAAAAACAAAGAUAAAACCUGUGAAAAACCCAAGAUCAGAAUGUUAUCAAAAGAUUGCAGCCAAGAAUAUACGGAUUCUACAGGCAUAGACUUACACGAGUUUCUGAUUAACACAUUAAAGAAUAAUUCCAGAGACAGGAUGAUACUCUUGAAAAUGGAGCAGGAAAUUAUUGAUUUCAUUGGUGACAACAAUAAUCAUUAUAAAAAGUUUCCUCAGAUGUCGUCCUAUCAGAGGAUGCUUGUCCAUCGAGUGGCAGCUUACUUUGGGUUGGAUCACAACGUGGAUCAAACAGGGAAAUCUGUCAUCAUCAACAAAACCAGCAACACAAGAAUACCAGAGCAAAGGUUUUGUGAACAUUUAAAAGAUGAAAAAGGUGAAGAAUCCCAGAAGCGGUUUAUCUUGAAGCGAGAUAACUCUAGUAUUGAUAAAGAAGACACUCAGCAAAACAGAAUGCAUCCAUUUAGAGAUGACAGACGAAGUAAAUCAAUUGAAGAGAGAGAAGAGGAAUAUCAGAGAGUGAGGGAGAGAAUAUUUGCACACGAUUCAGUUUGCUCCCAGGAAAGCCUUUUUGUGGAAAACAGUAGGCUCUUGGAAGACAGUAACAUAUGCAGUGAGACCUAUAAGAAAAGACAGCUCUUUCGGGGCAACAGAGACAGCUCGGGGAGAACAUCUGGAAGUCGGCAGAGCAGCUCGGAGAAUGAACUCAAGUGGUCCGACCACCAAAGAGCCUGGAGCAGCACAGAUUCUGACAGCUCCAACCGCAAUCUCAAACCUGCCAUGACCAAGACGGCGAGUUUUGGGGGCAUCACGGUGCUGACCAGGGGUGACAGCACAUCCAGUAGCAGGAGUACCGGGAAGCUGUCCAAAGCAGGUAGUUCUGAGUCCUCCAGCAGUGCAGGCUCGUCAGGAUCGCUGUCGCGUACCCAUCCACCUCUCCAGAGCACACCGGUGGUCUCGGGCAUGGCAGCCACUUCUCCCGGCUGCGUGACCUACCCAGAGAAUGGGAUGGGAGGCCAGGUCGCUCAUAGCAGCACCAGCUACAUCCUCCUUCCACUCGAAGCUGCCACAGGCAUCCCACCCGGAAGCAUCCUUCUUAACCCACAUACAGGCCAGCCCUUCGUGAAUCCCGAUGGAACCCCCGCCAUAUACAACCCCCCCACCAGCCAGCAGCCCCUGCGAAGCGCAAUGGUGGCGCAGCCCCAGCAGCAGCCCCAGCAGCAGCCCUCCCCGCGGCCCCAGCAGCAGGCCCAGCCACCCCAGACGCAAAUGGCAAGCCCACUGGUCACUCAGUCUGUCCAGGGGCUGCAGCCUUCCUCCCAGUCAGUGCAAUACCCAGCUGUGUCUUUUCCUUCCCAGCAUCUCCUGCCCGUGUCUCCGACGCCGCAGUUCCCCAUGAGAGAGGAUGUGACCACGCAGUUUGGCCAGAUGAACCUGAGCCGGCAGUCCUCGGGGGAGACUCCUGAGCCCCCAGCCGGCCCUGUCUACACACCGUCCCUCCUGCCGCAGCCCACCCAGCAGCCAAGCUACGUCAUCGCUUCCACAGGCCAGCAGCUCCCAACGGGGAGCUUCUCGGGCUCUGGCCCUCCCAUCUCCCAGCAAGUCCUCCAGCCCCCUCCCUCGCCCCAGGGAUUUGUGCAACAGCCUCCACCCACACAGAUGCCUGUAUAUUAUUAUCCACCUGGUCAGUACCCUACCUCAACCACGCAGCAGUACCGGCCCAUAGCCUCUGUUCAGUUCAGUGCUCCGAGGGGCCAGCAGAUGCCACAGACAGCACAGCAAGCAGGUUACCAGCCGCUCUUGUCUGGUCAACAGGGGUUCCAAGGCCUCAUGGGGGUGCAGCAGCCGCCUCAGAGUCAGGGCAUGAUGAGCAGCCACCAGGGAACUCCAGUGCAAAGCGUGAUGCUCUCCUACCCAACCGUGUCUAAUUAUCAGGUGCCAAUGACCCAGGGUUCUCAAGGACUGCCCCAGCAGUCAUACCAACAGCCAAUCAUGCUACCUAACCAGGCAGGCCAAGGGUCCCUCCCAGCCACUGGAAUGCCUGUGUACUGUAACGUCACACCGCCAACCCCUCAGAACAACCUUAGGCUGAUGGGCCCUCACUGUCCCUCCAGCACUGUCCCCGUGAUGUCAGCCAGCUGCAGGACCAACUGUGCCAGUAUGAGCAAUGCUGGGUGGCAGGUCAAGUUCUGA